AUGCGUGUGUGUGUGUGUAGUUUCAAUAUAUACAUUACCUACAAAAUUUAAAGUUGCAGUGCAAUUUCUUCUGAGUUUGAAGCCAAUGGCAACUACUCCAUUAAUGGAAGACGUCACAGUGGAUGGAUCCGUUGACUACAAAAGCAGGCCGGCCCACCGAUCAAGCUCCGGUGGAUGGAGAUCAGCAUCAUUCAUCAUAGCUGUGGAAGUGGCGGAGAGAUUUGCGUACUAUGGGAUAUCUUCCAACCUUAUAUCUUACUUAACGAGUUCUCUUGGCCAGUCCACCGCAAGUGCGGCUGAGAGUGUCAACACUUGGUCGGGCACGGCAACUCUUCUGCCGCUUUUAGGAGGGUUUGUGGCGGAUUCUUUUCUUGGCCGCUACCGCACUAUCUUUUUUGCUUCUCUCAUCUAUAUCUUGGGACUUGGCUUGUUGACUCUAUCAGUUGCCCUAACUUCUACUGAUGUUUCUGAAUGUGAGAGCACCAAAAAUGGCACAUCAUGUUCUCCCCCUUUGUUCCAAGUAAUCCUAUUCUUCUUCUCUCUGUAUCUAGUAGCUGUUGGGCAAGGUGGGCACAAGCCUUGUGUUCAGGCUUUUGGAGCUGAUCAAUUUAAUGCACUAGAUCCAAAGGAGAGUGGAGCAAAGAGGUCAUUUUUCAAUUGGUGGUAUUUUAGUUUUUCAGCAGGCAUUAACUUAUCACUUAUAGUCGUAGUUUACAUCCAAGAAAACCUUAAUUGGGUUUUGGGAUUUGGAAUCCCCUGCAUUGUGAUGUUAGCCGCAUUACUUGUUUUUUUGCUUGGAAGUAGAACUUAUAGGUAUAGUAUCAAAGGAAAUGAGCAAAAUCCAUUUAUAAGAAUUGGUAGGGUAAUUGUCAGAGCGGCCCGGAAUUGGCGAAGUGCUCCUUUAGGCUUAGCUGCAGAGGAAGAAACUUACAUGUGCGAUCAAAGUUCUGAGCAAUUCAAGUUCCUCAACAAAGCAUUGCUCGCCCCAGAUAGUAUAAUGGAAGGUCAAGAGAAAUGUCGUGUCAGCGACGUCAACGAAACAAAGGCAUUGUUAAGACUUAUUCCAAUAUGGGCUACAAGCUUGGCAUAUGCAAUUGUGUUUUCACAAACAACUACUUUCUUUACAAAGCAAGGAGUUACAAUGGACAGAACAAUUUUCACAGGAUUCAAAAUUCCGGCUGCUUCACUUCAAACCUUUAUUGGCUUUGCCAUUAUUCUCUUCAUUCCUAUAUAUGAUCGUAUUUUUGUCCCUCUAGCUAGAUCUUUAACUGGGAAUCCCUCUGGCAUUACUAUGCUUCAAAGAAUUGGGACUGGAAUGAUUGUAUCUGCUCUUUCUAUGGCAAUUGCAGCUUUAGUAGAGAAGAAAAGACUUAAAGUUGCUGAAGAGUAUGGGAUGGUUGAUGAGCCAAAUGCGACAAUUCCCAUGAGUAUUUGGUGGUUGGUACCUCAGUAUGUAUUAUGUGGUGUUGCUGAUGUGUUCACCAUUGUUGGCCUUCAGGAGUUUUUCUAUGAUCAAGUUCCAGAGGGAUUGAGAAGUGUAGGUCUCUCACUCUACCUUAGUGUGAUAGGUGUAGGAAACUUUCUAAGUAGUUUUCUUGUCUCUGUCAUUGACAAGGCAACAGGUAAAUACGGACAUAGCUGGUUUGCUAACAAUCUUAAUAGGGCACAUCUUGAUCAUUUUUAUUGGUUACUUGCUGGACUUACUGUAGUAGGAUUUCUUGCCUACUUGCAUUUUGCUAGAUCAUACAUUUAUAAGAGGGCAAAUGAAAGUUAAAUGUGUUA